UGCAAUUAUCUUCUUUAUCAGGGGAGUCGCACGAUGCGCUGUUGAGUGUCGCACACGUGUAGUAUAACAUAACCUCUACUUUUGACGUUUGUAAUAUUUAUUCGACAGAUGAAAGAUCUGUAAAUAUUCUUCUGUGUUUACUGUAGUUUAUUCUUGGUGCAGAAACACGAUUAUGGCAAAGGUUUCGUGGAAACGUGUUAAGACAACAAGAAGUACGAGAGAGCAGUUGGAAAUGCUCGAUAAAUCGGAACUAAUCGAUAAGAUAUUACAAUUGGAAGCUCACAACGAGCAACUGAAACUGACGAUUACAAAACGUACGGAUACUAAAAUGAAGAAAGAAGAGACACCAGGGAAAGUAAGAAAAUCAUUUGAUUUUUCACGGUGUCACAAAAGGCACAUUUUGCUAAAGUUUUAUUAUCUUGGUUGGGAUUAUCACGGUUUUGCUGUACAGGAAGAUAAUACUGAUACCAUUGAGCAUCAUUUAUUCGCAGCUCUGCUAAAAAGUUGCUGCAUAGAAUCCCGCGAGAGCUCAAAUUACCAUCGUUGUGGACGAACCGAUAAAGGUGUUAGCUCCUUCUCUCAAGUAAUCUCAUUGGAUGUACGCAGUAGAUUAAAACCAGAAAAUCAAGACAACUUAUCCGAUGAGUUGCCAUAUUGUAAAAUAUUGAACAGAUUAUUACCAGCAAACAUAAGAUGUAUAGCAUGGUGUCCGGUCUCAUCCACUCUCUCCGCAAGAUUUGACUGCAAGUUUAGAAGCUAUAGAUAUUUCUUCCCAAGGGGUAAUUUAGAUAUAGAGGCCAUGGACAAAGCUGCCAAGUAUGUUGUAGGGGAUCAUGAUUUCCGUAACAUUUGUAAAAUGGAUGUAGCUAAUGGUGUAAUCAAUUUUAAAAGAACUGUAAUAGAUGCAAGAGUGAGCUUUCUUAAUGAUCAGAAUGUAGAAAAGUCAACAGGCUACGAUAUGUGUGAAUUAGAAAUCACAAGUCAAGCCUUUCUUUGGCAUCAAAUUCGUUGUUUAAUGGGCAUCUUGUUAUUGGUUGGACAAAGGAAAGAAGAACCUGACAUAAUCUUGAAGCUCCUGGACAUUGAGACUUGUCCACAGAAGCCACAGUACAAUAUGGCUCAUCAAGUUCCAUUGAAUCUCUGGUAUUGUGAUUAUGAAAACAUGAAUUGGUUUAUGGACGAAAAUGAAUUAUUAAACACUAUCAAAGUAUUACAACAGGAUUGGGCUCUCAAUACUAUAAAAUCUACAAUGAUUAAAAAUAUGUUGAUGAAAUUGGAAAAUUUCGUUAACUGUGUAAAUACUGAUUUUCAAAGCGAUUGUCUACUUCUCGGAGUACAAUCAAAAAUAUACCAACCACUGAUGAAGCGAGAAAUGUGUGACAGUUUGGAAAAUAAAAUCAAACAUUAUGAGAAGAAACGAAAAUUUGAAGUCACACAUUCCAAGGUUAUGUAGCAUAUACCUAUGCUAAUCACAGAACUUGUGAACGCUGUGUUGAAAUAAUGUGUAGGCCUGGAAUAAUACAUUCGUGAAAGAAUGACGAGGAAAGUUUAUACGAAGCAAUAAUCGAAAUUUUUAUAAUGUAUGGAAACUAAAAUAA